AAAAAAAUUAAAUAAAAAAAAAAAAAAUAAUUGUGCAUCGCGUUUUACUGUCAAACAUUCAGUCAAAAAACAUGUGGAUUAGUUGCCAUGUAGUUGCUAUAAUGAUUUUGUCAAAUAUCGAUAUAAUCUUGUCCGAAGUAUUUGAGACACAUCUGCGAGGUCCUGGCUUUGUGAUGGAGCCACCCGCUCGUUUAGAGUUCUCAAAUUCAUCAGGUGGAUGGCUUGAUUGCUCGGCAUCGGGAAGUCCGCAGCCUGUGAUAGACUGGAUAACGGUGGAUGGGUCACCGGUGGCCGAUAUAAACGGAGUACGACGAGUGCUUAGAAACGGCACUUUAGUGCUAAUGCCGUUUCCUGCCGCCGCCUACCGACAGGACAUUCACAAUACAAUCUACAGAUGCGUAGCGUCAAAUACUGUUGGCCGAAUUAUAUCGAGGGAUGUGCAAGUUAGAGCCGUGGUGGCACAAGCUUACAAAGUGGACGUCGAAGUGCUAUCAGCUUCAAGAGGCUGCACAGCUAUCCUGCGAUGUGUGGUGCCAACCUUUGUUAAGGAACUAGUUCGAGUGGUCUCCUGGGUUCAUGAACCCGCAAUCUACAUCUACCCAUCACUUCAAGGAGAUGGGAAAUUCCAUUUAUUGCCCACCGGCGAAUUGCUCAUACAUAAUCUGCAGGAUAGUGAUGAAUCACAAUCGUUUCGGUGCCGGAGCAUGCACCGGCUUACUAGGCAGGUUGUGGUUAGUUCCCCAACUAGGCUACGGAUUAAUGCUCAUCGUGGGAUUAUCUCACCGAGUGUUGUGGAGCAUACUUCACACGUAGCUGUGUCACAGGACGAAGGUGCUGUCUUGCUGUGCGUGGCACAAGGAUGUCCAUCGCCAGAGUAUAGUUGGUAUACACACAACGGACCCGGUCCACUGCCAGUCCUAAGUGGUCCACGAAUACGCCUACUCGGUCCAAUACUCGCCAUCGAAGCUGUUACAGCCGAAGAUUCCGGUGUUUACAAAUGCACAGCUGGAAAUGUUGGCGGCGAAGCUAGUGCCGAACUACGACUAACCGUAGCCACUCCCGUUCAAGUGGAAAUCUCACCGAAUGUCCUUAGCGUGCAUAUGGGUGGCACAGCUGAAUUUCGUUGUAUUGUCACGAGUAACGGCAGUCCGGUGGGUAUGCAAAAUAUCCUCUGGUACAAAGAUGGUAGACAAUUGCCAACAUCGGGACGCAUCGAAGACACCCUCGUUGUGACCAGAGUUAGUCGUGAGAACAAGGGAAUGUAUCAGUGUGUGGUGCGUCGUCCGGAAGGUGAUACCUUCCAGGCAUCGGCAGAACUUCAACUCGGAGAUGCUCCACCAGUGCUGCUGUAUAGCUUCAUUGAACAGACUCUACAACCGGGACCGGCAGUUAGCUUGAAAUGCUCGGCAGCCGGAAAUCCAACGCCACAAAUUUCAUGGACAUUGGAUGGAUUUCCGCUCCCAUCGAAUGGAAGAUUUAUGAUCGGACAAUACAUCACUGUCCAUGGCGAUGUAAUUAGUCACGUUAAUAUUAGCCAUGUUAUGGUCGAGGAUGGAGGCGAAUACUCUUGCAAUGGUGAGAAUCGAGCUGGAAAAGUCUCCCAUUCUGCACGACUGAAUAUUUAUGGACUCCCGUAUAUUCGUUUAAUCCCUAAAGUCACUGCAGUGGCUGGAGAGACAUUAAAUUUGAAAUGUCCUGUGGCCGGAUACCCCAUCGAGGAGAUACACUGGGAGCGUAGCGGCAGAGAAUUACCUGAUGAUAUACGACAGAGGGUGCAACCGGAUGGAUCUUUGGUCAUAAGUCCGGUCCAGAAGAACGCAGAUUCGGGCGUUUACACAUGCUGGGCACGUAAUAAACAAGGACAUAGUGCGCGCAGGAGUGGCGAAGUCACCGUCAUAGUUCCGCCCAAAUUGAGUCCAUUUCAAACAUCAAUACUCCAACUAAAUAUGGGAGAUCGUGCCUCAUUGACAUGUUCCGUUGUCAAAGGUGAUCUACCAAUAACAAUAACCUGGCGCAAGGAUAAUCGCCUCAUCGAUCCAUCCCAACAUAUGUCGGUGAAACAAGUCGAUCAAUACAAUAGUAUAUUGGUGAUAGAAAAUUUGGGCUCCGAUCACACUGGUAACUACUCGUGCGUUGUGCGAAAUCUUGCUGCUGAAGUGGAAAAUUCACAGGCUCUUCUGGUCAAUGUUCCGCCACGUUGGAUUGUCGAACCAGCCGACGUAAAUGUGGAACGAAAUCGACACAUCAUGUUGCACUGUCAGGCACAGGGUGUACCCACCCCCAGUAUUGUUUGGAAAAAAGCGACAGGUAGCAAAUCAGGGGAAUACGAGGAAGUAAGGGAGCGGCCAUUCACCAAAUUACUGGGAAAUGGGUCGCUGUUGCUGCAACACGUUAAGGAGGACCGUGAGGGGUUCUACCUGUGUCAGGCGAACAAUGGCAUCGGCACUGGAAUUGGAAAGGUCAUUCAGCUUAAAGUUAAUUCUUCUCCCUAUUUUUCGUCCACAUCGAGGUCGGUGACAGUGAAAAAGGGCGAUACUGCUUUGCUGCAGUGCUCGGUCAGUGGGGACAAGCCAAUCAAUAUUGUUUGGAUGAGGUCCGGAAAGAACACCCUGAAUCCGUCGACAAACUACAAGAUUUCGGUGAAGCAGGAAGCUACUCCAGACGGGGUGUCAGCCGAGUUGCAAAUCCGCAGUGUUGAGGCAAGUGACAGUGGACCGUAUUUCUGUCGUGCCAGUAAUUUGUAUGGCAACGACCAGCAAUUGGUUCAGUUGCAAGUACAAGAGCCACCCCAAGCCCCCACUGUAUUAGAGGCAGCUAUGGUGUCGAGUAGGUCGGUAAAUUUGAAAUGGCAGCCUAGGAAUACAAACACUGCUGAAGUGUCAAAGUACAUUGUGGAAUUCAAAGAACUAGACCCCCUUUUCAUAGAGCAAUGGCAACAAAUGGAAGUUACAGACCCACCGCAGUUUACGGCUUUGAUUGAGAACUUGAAACCAGCGACGCGUUAUUCCUUUCGCAUUAUUGCUGAGGGAACUGCUGGUCGUAGUGCUCCAAGUCAAGAGUUAACAAUAAAAACCGAACCGCAGCGACCAGCGGGACCACCGUUGAAUCUCUCUGUUAGGCCAUUAUCUUCGACCGAACUUCUGGUGAGUUGGGUAGCUCCAUUGGUUGAGCUACGCCAUGGUGAUAUCCAAGGCUACAAUGUUGGGUAUAAGCUUGCCAGCUCUGGUAGUUCGUCGUUUAAUUUUACUUCGGUUUCGGGAGAUGGAGAAGGUGGAACGGGUGAGCUUUUAUUGGGAGGGCUCCAAAAAUACGCACGGUACAAUAUUGUCAUCCAGGCAUUUAAUCAGGUCGGACCGGGACCUCUGUCUGAACCGGUCUCUGCACAAACAAUGGAAGAUGUUCCUAGUCGCCCACCGGAUGACAUUCGUUGCGCGGCCCUAACUUCACAAUCACUUCAAGUUUCCUGGCAACCACCACCAAUAUACCAUACUAAUGGACUUCUUCAAGGCUAUAAGCUUCUGUUUGAGCCAAUUCUAGAUGAUUUUUCACCAUCAAAAGACGAGGUAGAAAGUCGCAAGACAACUGCCCUGACCACCGUCUUAACAGGUCUCAGGAAAUACACCAACUAUAGCAUACAAGUUCUAGCGCACACUAGAAUGGGUGAUGGAAGCCUAUCGAAUCCACUUUACUGCCAUACCGAAGAAGAUGCCCCCGAGGCUCCUGCGGAUAUCAAAGUCGUUGUAAGCUCACCGCAGUCAUUAUAUGUGUCAUGGCUGCCACCAACUGAGCCUAAUGGUGUCAUAACUAAGUUCAAUCUGUACACAAGAGUUGUAAACGGUCGGGAAGAACUUAACAAUGAAAAACGAAGUCUCCCAUCGCAACAGGCCAAUUAUGAAGCGAAAAACCUUCAUCCUCACAUCGAAUAUCAAUUUUGGGUGACUGCUUCGACACGCGUCGGCGAGGGUAAGAGCUCUCGUGUGGCAUCACAAGUAACUACAAACAGAGUUCCUGCACGAAUAGUGUCUUUCGGAGGUCCAAUUGUCCGUCCGUGGCGUUCGACUGUUACCCUUCCCUGUACAGCAGUGGGAAAACCCAAACGUGAAUGGUACAAGGCCGAUGCACCUCUGAGACAAGGGGGACUUCAUAAUACUCAACUUCUCGACUCGGGAGAUUUGAUAAUUUCCAGCCUCCAAGUGGGUGAUAGUGGCAAUUAUAGCUGUCAAGUUGACAAUGGCAUUGGUACUGAUCGUCUUACACACGUACUGAUGGUACAAGUUCCUCCAUCAGCACCAGUUUUGUAUGUGACGAGUGCCACUUCGAGCAGUAUUUUGAUGCAUUGGAAAUGUGGAUUUAAUGGUAAUGCACCAAUUUCUGGUUACACUCUAUUCUAUAAACGUUCGGUUGGAAAUCUGGAAGAAAUGCAUUUAUCACGACAUGCCUCCAGUCAUGAGUUGAAAGGUCUAGUUUGUGGAAGUACAUAUCAGAUACAUUUAACUGCGCACAAUAAAGUCGGAUCAUCACCGGCUAGUAUAACACUGCAUGUUCGGACUCAGGGUCAAUCGCCUGGAAUGCCAUCAACUGCCAAUUUACUAUCACCGAAUUCGACUUCGGUUGCUAUAAGACUGCAUACUUGGCCGGACAAUGGCUGUCCUAUGUUAUAUUUCGUAUUGCAAUAUAGACCCGUAUCGGAUGUCAUCGAAAAGGAUUGGAUAUUAGUUUCAAACGCACUUAAACCACAACGAAGAUUCAUCAUUUCUGGACUAAAUCCAUCAACUCUCUACCAAAUGAAAAUGGAAGCUCACAACGUGGCCGGAGUCUCAAAUGCCGACUUCACAUUUGUCACCUUGACCAAAGACGGUGACCCACCACCACCCGAGAUAGUGCAACGAGGUCAUCGCUCCAACAUAUUCUAUGGCAACAUCAAUCUCCUGAUUCCCAGCAUAGCUGCUGUCUCGGGAAUGAUUUGCACCAUAGCGCUCGUAGUUAUAUGCUACCGGCAUAGUAAGUUUGAAGAGGAACCUUUCUCUGUUGAUAUUGUACGUAUGAGUAAUUUUUUUUUUUAUUUUAAUGGUCUCGUCCCGCCAAUAGAACAAAGCAAUCGACUACAAAAGGAGUCCUUGGAAAAUCGACAGAACAACGAAGCUGCACAGCGUGAACGCUACUAUGCAACGAUUCAUAAAGUGUCCCUGCAGAACAAUGAAAAAAUUCCUGAGACAUCCGAAGACAUCUCGCCGUAUGCAACUUUCCAAUUGUCUGAGGCUAGCACUCUAGCGCAGCCCCAUCACACUGGACCUGCCAACACCUUGCUGCAUUCGUUCAUGUACCAUGAGCGGGCUUUAGCAGAGGGUUGUUCGUCACCACCACCACCCGCGGUACUUAAAUCAACCACCCGACACAAUUCCUCGUCCUCACCAUAUUACAAUAUCACUUCGAAAAACCGCAGAAGGCAUUCGCGAAAAACAGAACCAGAGAGUGAGGAAUCUGAAUCAGAUCCAGACCAAUUGACAUCGAGUCGAACUGAAUCAUCAAAUCAGCAUGAGGCCAAAAUAAAGCACAGUAAGUUAAACAGUAUCAUCUACCAUGGAGCACAAUCAAGCACAUCCUCCGAUCUCUCACCAAUGUCCGAACAAAAAUCAUUGCCACGUCGCGGCAGAUCAAGGGGAGGAGCCAUGCGAGCACUACUUCCUUUGCAAUUACAAGAGAAUCUCGCCAGCGGCAUCGGAGCUGGCAGUGGCUUCCAUCAGAUACCAAUCGAGGGAAGCACUCCCCAUAGGCCGGAGCUUUCGGAAGCCGAAUGCGAUAUUGAUACCUUGAAGAAGCUGAAGUUGGGUUUGCGAUCAUCGUUGUGGUCGCGACCAUCCUCAACUGUCAGCAGCGUUAUCCAACAGCAGCAACAGCAACCACAGCACUAUCACCCACAACAGCACCAUCCACCGCCAUCACAGCAACAACAGCAACAGCAACAACAGCAGCAACAACAACACCAGCAGCUUCAAGAGCAACAACAGCAGGGAUUACCUGCAAAGCGUCACUCCGAUUAUUCGAUAGCGGUGUGAGAUACGAACCAAGCUCUAAUUUUUUAAAGUCCAUGCAUAUAAAUAGGCAAAUACAAUUUUUUAAGGCAUAUUUGUUCUUCUUCAAAAGUGUGUUUGGUUUUUAAUUUUCAUUUCAUUUGGUUGUUAUUUGAAGAACAGAACGUUAGGGUGUAUAUGAUGUCGCAGACAAGUCAAUUUGUUUCAAUGGUCAAACAUUUUGUAUGCCAAUCUGAAUACGAGAAAUAGACGCGUGGCUGAAGUACAAGCCCUUAAUUCAAUUAUGAAAAUGCGUUUUUGAAAAACUUGUAAUCUUCAUCAAAAACUGCAGUAUUUUCGUAAAAGUUGACAGUUUAUGAACAGGAUAUGAACGAUAUUUUAAGAAAAUUACUCAAAAAAGCACUCAAAAGCUUUAAACUUGAGUAAUAAAUAAUAAUGAACGAUAUUUUAAGAAAAUUACUCAUAAAAGCACUCAAAAGCUUUAAACUUGAGUAAUAAAUAAAAAGUUAAAGUUGUAGAAUUUUUAUAGAAAAAAUGGUGUUUGUCAUUUUAUAAAUUGCUUUAUUGUAAUUGUAAGUAGUGAAUUAGGUUUUGACUUGAAAAGUCUUGUAUCUAUUUCACAAAGUCACUCUUAAGCUCUCCUUGUUCGGAGCAACAAAUUAAAAGUAAUUUAUUUCGAUUUUUUUAAGAAACUCAUAAUUUUAUGGAAUUAGAAAGUUUGUAAAUGACUGAAUGAGGUUUUUUCGACGUGUGAUUAUUUUUUUUUUAAAGAUU